GGCCUGGCGCGCCGUCCGAGCCACUCAGAGCGCCCGGCGGCCGACACCCGGGGGCCCUACAAGUAAUAGCCGGCGCCCGCCCGCCGCGCCGGGACUCGCGCGCCCGCACUCGGGAACCGAGGCUCCCGGUCGGCGCUGACCUGCCUAGCAACUUGCUCUGCUUCGGCUGCGGCGGCGACUCUGCCGGGCCCCUCGCGGAGAGCCAGUUAGUGUGGGGGCGGUGCCGCCGUCGCCGGGGUCCCGCGCCAGUGUGCGCCUCUCCUCCCGGCGCCGCUGCGGAGCGACCGCCACCUUCGUCGCUGAGGGGAACUUUGUGCGGGGGGGCCCGCCCGGCAGGUGGGCGACCGCGGCCGGCGAGCCGAACGGGGAGAGUUCGGAUAGAUGACUUUGAAGACUUACAGAAUUGAUAUAUGAAGAUUUUGAAGUCAUUCUGCGUCUGAAGCUAUGAUAUAAGUAUCAGCAUUACAAUUUCAACCAGAAAAACUUAAUCUUCGUUGGACUACCAAAUCAAAGAAAAGUUUCAAGCUUUCAGAAAGGGUUCCAGCUUGAAGAUAAAGAACAGCUUGUUAACCGCAGAAGAAGAAUUGAUGCUAGGAUUUUAACUGCACUUCCAAAAGUUGCAGAAUUAAGAAAAAUCUUUGAACCAAAGAGGACAGAAUUUUUAGAAAUGAAAAGAAAAGAAAGAAUUGCCAGGCGCCUGGAAGGAAUCGAAACAGACGCCCAGCCCAUCCUCUUGCAGAGCUGCACGGGGUUAGUGACUCAUCGCCUGCUGGAGGAAGACACGCCCAGAUACAUGCGAGCCACAGACCCGGCCAGCCCGCACACCGGCCGGUCCAAUGAAGAGGAGGACACUUCAGAUUCCUCGGUGGAAAAGCAGACCCGCUCCAAACUGUGCACAGAAACCUCCGGCGUCCAUGCUGACUCCUCUUGCGGCUCAGGGCUCGUGGACAGCCAGGCUCUGGAGUCCAAAGCCGAGAGAAUCGCGCGGUACAAGGCAGAGAGGAGACGGCAGCUGGCCGAGAAGUACGGGAUAGCGCUGGAUUCUGAAGCCGAUUCGGAAUUGCCUUCCCGAUACACCAAGUCCAGGAAGGACGCCGAUGCUGCUGACAAGAGGGGAGGGAAAGGUGACCGACAGGCCGAGCCAGGCAAAGAGUCGAGCUCUCUGUACUCCAGGCCCUGCGUGGUCGAAUCCAAGGGCUAUGCCCUCCCCGGGAGCGAUGGCCUUUCUGACACCGAGGUGCUGCUCAACGUGGAAAACCAAAGACGGGGUCAGGAGCCCAGCGCCAGCGGGCAGGCCCGUGACCUGGCCCCCACGGUUGAGAGCUCCUCAUCCUUCCCGUUCCCCGGGCGAGACUGUGCCUUCAGCGAAGUGCCAAGGUCCCCGAAGCAAAUGCACACCGUGUCCCUCUCCUCGCCUCGGCCACCCGCCUCCCCGAGCCACUCAGCUGGUGACCCGCCACUCCCUUCUGAGGCCCGAACCAGUACCGGGAAACCCAAACAUGAGUGGUUUCUCCAGAAAGAUUCCGAAGGGGACACACCUUCUCUUAUCAACUGGCCUUCCAGAGUUAAGGUUAGAGAAAAAAUGGUGAAAGAGGAGAGCGCUCGCAGCAGCCCUGAGGUGGCCUCCGAGCCCUUCACUCAGAGGAGACAUCAGCCAGUGCCCGUCCAUUGCUCAUCCUUUCAGUCAGAAAAUUCGGCCUUUGAUAGGGUCUCGAGCAAGGCAGCCAGCUCCGCGCGACAGCCGAUCCGAGGCUAUGUCCAGCCGGCAGACCCCAUUCACACGGCCACGCUGGUGACCUCAGAGAUCCCAGAAAAUUUAUCUGAAUGCAGCUGGGGGGGGUCAGCCACCCAGAAUGUCAGAAAGCCUGCCACCUUGAAGGUUCUAGAAAGUGAGAGAAGGGAUACCCCAGUUCUCCAUAUUUGUGAAUCGCAAGCAGAGGAAGAUACGCUCUUCACCGAAGCUCUCGAGAAAAGCAGGAAAUCACUUUUGGCUUUGGAGGAUCACGGGCUUACGAGAAGCCACGAAGACCCCUCUGGAAAUGAAGAGUUCGGCGAGCCUGCUGUUAGCGCGGCCACCUCAGAACAUCAGGAGGAACCAAAGAGUCUGGCACACCCGCCUCCAGCUCAGCAACAGCCCCCUGAGAGAAUAAGCAGACAAGAAGUGGUCUUGUAUGUUCAGAGCCAGCCCGUGUCCCAAGAGGCCAGGGUGACAAGCCACAGAAAGGAAGUCGUGACGAAGAAACGCAAGGUCCUCACCCGCUCGCUGUCUGACUACACGGGCCCCCCUCAGCUGCAGGCCCUGAAGUGCCAGGACCCCGCAUCCAAGCAAGAACCAGAGCCGCGGAGUUCCAAAGCUGAAGGGCCACCGCCGGAACUCGGCAUGCUGGACACCAAGGUCUCUGUCGCCCAGCUUCGAAAUGCAUUUCUGGAGUCUGUCAAUGCCAGCAAGAAACCCGAACUCCAACCCCGGGUGGAGAGGUCAACCGAAGGCGUUGGCUUGCCUACCGGUGUGGAACGGGAAAGAGGGUCCCGGAAACCAAGACGCUAUUUUUCUCCUGGUGAAAGUAGGAAAACUUCCGAGAGAUUUAGAACUCAACCUAUAACCUCAGCAGAACGAAAGGAAUCGGAUAGGUCUGCUUCGCAUUCAGAAAUGCCAACUGCUGAGGAUGAAGAAAACGUAGACGAACGAGCCAAGCUGAGCGUCGCUGCCAAGAGGCUGCUUUUCAGGGAAAUGGAAAAAUCAUUUGAUGAGAAAAACGUUCCAAAGCAACGCUCCAGAAACGCGGCUGUGGAGCAAAGGCUGAGGCGGCUCCAGGACAGAUCCCACACCCAGCCCGUUACCACCGAGGAAGUGGCCAUUGCAGCCACUGAACCUAUCCCUGCUUCGUGCUCUGUGGCCUCCCAGCCUGUAAUGGCAAGACUUCCUAGCCCCAGUGUAGCUAAGAGCACUGUGCAGCCGGCCAGAUUGCAGGCAUCUGCUCACCACAAAACUUUAGCCAGAGACCAGGCAAAUGAGGGCAAAGAUUCUGCCGAACAAGGUGAACCUGACUCCUCCACUCUAAGCUUAGCAGAGAAGUUGGCCUUGUUUAACAAAUUGUCCCAGCCAGUCUCAAAAGCUAUUUCUACCCGAAACAGAAUAGACAUGAGACAGAGGAGAACAAAUGCUCGCUAUCAAACUCAGCCGGUCACGCUUGGAGAGGUGGAACAGGUGCAAAGUGGAAAGCUCAUUCCUUUCUCACCUACUGUUAACACAUCUGUGUCCACCAUGGCAUCUACGGUCACACCGAUGUACGCAGGGGAUCUUCGGACAAAGCCGUCUGUGGACGACAUGAGUGCCACCGACUAUAAGUUUCCUUCUUCGAUAGAAAAUUCAGAUUCUCCGGUUAGAAGCAUUCUGAAGUCCCAAGCCUGGCAGCCUUCAGCAGAGAGUAGUGCAAGCAGAGGAAUGUUGAGAGAGUUUGGAGAGACAGAAAGCAAGAGAGUCUUGGCAGGUGGUGAUGGUAGUAAAAAGUAUGGGUCCUUUGAGGAAGCAGAGCCAUCCUGCCCCACCUUUAACAGAGUCCGGGAAGGAGACAGCCAUAAGGGACCCAAAUACGCUGUUCCAAGAAAGGGCAGCCUGGAACUAGCUCAUCCUCCCAUCGCCCACCUUGGGGAUGAACUGAAGGAAUUCUCCAUGGGAAAAAGCAUCACACAGGGGAGCCCGGACUUGAAGGACAGGCAGCCCUUCGAAGAGAAGGUUGACAUGGAGAGUGUCCCAAGGAGGAAGUUUUCGCUAAGAGCGGCAGAGUUCGGGGAGCCCACUUCUGAGCAGACGGGUACCGCUACCGGGAAGACUGUGGCCCAGACCGCAGCCCCCGUGUCCUGGAGGCAGCAAGAGCCUGCAGAACCAGGGCAGGAGAAGUACUCCAGGAAUCCAUGUGCCAUGUUCGCUGCCGGAGAGAUCAAAGUGCCUGCGGUGGAGGGCAUCCUUGAUUCAGCCAGCAAAACCAUGUCCAUUAAAGAAAGAUUAGCGCUGUUGAAGAAGAGUGGUGAAGAAGAUUGGAAGAACAGACUUACCAGAAAGCAGGAGUAUGGCAAGGCAUCUGUCAGCAGCAGCCUGCACAUACAAGAAGCAGAACAAUCCCUCAAGAAGAAGGAAGAAGGAGGAUUUGCAGAUGAUAGUGCCAUUUCUAAUCUGCUUUGGCGGGUCACAGAAAGUCGAGAGAGCCAGAUGACUAUCGAAGAGAGGAAGCACCUCAUCACUGUGCGAGAAGAAGCCUGGAAGACAAAAGGCAAAGGAGCGGCCAAUGAUUCCACCCAGUUUACAGUGGCCGGCAGAAUGGUGAAGAAAGGUCUGGCAUCACCCACGGCCAUAACUCCAGUAGCAUCUCCUAUUUGCAGUAAAACAAGGGGCACCACACCAGUUUCUAAACCCUUGGAAGAUAUCGAAGCCAGACCAGACAUGCAGUUGGAAUCGGACCUGAAGCUGGACAGGCUGGAAACCUUUCUAAGGAGGCUGAAUAACAAAGUUGGUGGGAUGCAGGAGACGGUACUCACAGUCACUGGCAAAUCUGUGAAAGAGGUGAUGAAGCCAGACGACGAUGAGACCUUUGCCAGAUUUUACCGCAGCAUGGAUGACACUGUGCCGCGAAGCCCCGUGGAGCUGGAUGAGGAUUUCGAUGUCAUUUUCGAUCCUUAUGCCCCUAAGUUGACCUCCUCUGUGGCCGAGCACAAGCGUGCAGUGAGGCCCAAGCGUCGGGUUCAGGCCUCCAAAAACCCCUUGAAAAUGCUGGCAGCCAGAGAAGAUCUCCUUCAGGAAUACACGGAGCAGAGACUAAACGUUGCCUUCAUGGAGUCAAAGCGGAUGAAAGUAGAAAAGAUGUCCUCCAGCUCCGGCUUCUCAGAAGUCACUCUGGCGGGGCUAGCCAGUAAAGAAAACUUCAGCAACGUCAGCCUGCGGAGCGUCAACCUGACGGAACAGAAUUCCAACAACAGCGCCGUGCCCUUCAAGAAGCUGAUGUUGUUACAGAUUAAAGGAAGAAGACACGUGCAGACCAGACUGGUUGAACCUCGAGCUUCGUCACUCAACAGUGGGGACUGCUUCCUCCUGCUCUCUCCCCAUUACUGCUUCGUGUGGGUAGGAGAGUUUGCAAAUGUCAUAGAAAAGGCGAAGGCCUCCGAACUCGCAAGUUUAAUUCAGACAAAGAGGGAACUUGGUUGUAGAGCUACUUAUGUCCAGACUAUCGAAGAAGGAAUUAAUACACACACUCACGCGGCCAAAGACUUCUGGAAGCUUCUGGGCGGCCAAACCAAUUACCAGUCUGCUGGAGACCCAAAGGAAGAUGAACUUUAUGAAACAGCCAUAAUUGAAACAAACUGCAUUUACCGUCUGAUGGACGACAAACUUGUCCCGGAUGACGACUACUGGGGGAAGAUUCCCAAGUGCUCCCUUCUGCAGUCAAAAGAGGUACUGGUGUUUGACUUCGGUAGUGAGGUGUACGUGUGGCAUGGAAAAGAAGUCACAUUAGCACAACGGAAAAUAGCUUUUCAGCUGGCAAAGCACUUAUGGAACGGGACCUUUGACUAUGAGAACUGCGAUAUCAACCCGUUAGACCCUGGAGAAUGCAAUCCGCUUAUUCCCAGAAAAGGACAGGGGCGACCUGAUUGGGCAAUAUUCGGGAGACUUACGGAACACAAUGAGACUAUUUUGUUCAAAGAGAAAUUUCUCGAUUGGACCGAACUGAAGAGACCUAAUGAAAAGAGCACCAGCGAACUUGCCCAGCAAAAGGAAGAUCCUAGGGCCGAAGUCAAGCCGUACGACGUGGCGCGGAUGGUGCCCGUGCCCCAGGCGACAAUGGGCACGGUGCUGGACGGGGUGAAUGUGGGUCGCGGCUACGGCCUGGUGGAAGGGGACGACAGGAGGCACUUUGAGAUUGCCAGUGUCUCUGUGGACGUCUGGCACAUCCUCGAGUUUGACUACAGCAGGCUCCCCAAACAGAGCAUCGGGCAGUUCCACGAGGGAGACGCCUAUGUGGUCAAGUGGAAGUUCAUGGUGAGCACCGCAGUGGGAAGUCGACAAAAGGGAGAGCACUCGGUACGGGUGGCCGGCAAGGAGAAGUGUGUCUACUUCUUCUGGCAAGGCCGGCAGUCGACCGUGAGUGAGAAGGGCACGUCGGCUCUGAUGACGGUGGAGCUGGAUGAGGAGAGGGGUGCCCAGGUCCAGGUUCUGCAGGGAAAGGAGCCCCCCUGCUUUCUGCAGUGUUUCCAGGGCGGGAUGGUUGUGCACUCUGGGAGACGGGAAGAGGAGGAGGAAAAUGCACAAAGCGAGUGGAGGCUGUACUGUGUGCGAGGAGAAGUGCCCGUGGAAGGAAAUUUGCUGGAAGUGGCCUGUCACUGUAGUAGCCUGCGGUCCAGGACUUCCAUGGUUGUCCUCAACGUAAAUAAAGCCCUCAUUUACUUGUGGCACGGAUGCAAAGCCCAAGCUCACACGAAGGAGGUUGGAAGGACUGCAGCAAAUAAAAUCAAAGAACAAUGUCCCCUGGAGGCAGGACUGCAUAGUAGCAGCAAAGUGACGAUACACGAGUGUGAUGAAGGAUCCGAGCCCCUGGGCUUCUGGGACGCUUUAGGAAGGAGAGACAGGAAAGCCUACGACUGCAUGCUUCAAGAUCCUGGAAAUUUUAACUUCACACCCCGCCUGUUCAUCCUCAGCAGUUCUUCUGGUGAUUUCUCAGCCACAGAAUUCAUGUAUCCUGCCCGAGACCCCUCUGUGGUCAAUUCUAUGCCCUUCCUGCAGGAGGAUCUUUACAGCGCACCCCAGCCAGCACUUUUCCUUGUUGACAAUCACCAUGAGGUGUACCUGUGGCAGGGCUGGUGGCCCAUCGAGAACAAGAUCACCGGCUCGGCGCGCAUCCGCUGGGCCUCGGACCGCAAGAACGCCAUGGAGACCGUGCUCCAGUAUUGCAAAGGAAAAAAUAUCAAGAGGCCGCCCCCUAAGUCUUACCUUAUCCACGCUGGUCUGGAGCCCCUGACAUUCACCAACAUGUUCCCCAGCUGGGAGCACAGAGAGGACAUCGCGGAAAUCACAGAAAUGGACACGGAGGUUUCAAAUCAGAUCACCCUUGUGGAAGAUGUCUUAGCCAAGCUCUGUAAAACCAUUUACCCGCUGGCCGAUCUGCUAGCCCGGCCACUGCCCGAGGGGGUUGAUCCUCUGAAACUUGAGAUUUAUCUCACUGAUGAAGACUUCGAGUUUGCCCUCGACAUGACGAGAGACGAAUACAAUGCGCUUCCCGCCUGGAAGCAGGUGAACCUGAAGAAAGCAAAAGGUCUGUUCUGAGCGGAGAGAUGCUGGAGGAACCUCUGUCGUCACUUUCGAUACCAUUGGACCAGGGAAAUGGGUAUUUUUUUUUUUUUGGACUGGUAUUUUAAAAAAAAAAAAAAAAAGAUUUUUUUUAAUCAGAGUUUUCCAAACCCGGAAGUUAUUAGCUCUACUGCUUGUCCCAGAUUUGUGUAUUUUGUAAAUGUUUAAGCGAACCCUUUGGAAACUCUUUCCACGAUUCAGCAGGUAAUGUUAAUAAAGGUGCCCCUACGUGCACUUGCACAGCAGCUCCCGUGCUGCCCGCCCGGUCCAGCUCCACGCUGCCCAUCUUUUUUGGAAGCAAUUCUCUUUAUAAAGUGUUAUUUUGAUAGUUUGUGGGUUCUAAAAUAUAUAUAUUUAUAUAAACACCAUAUAAAUCAAAUAUGUAUUUAACAAAGCAAUAUGUAUUCAUUCACUUUUAAGAUUUGUUUUUGUUUGGGUGUCAAAAUAAUAUUAAAAGGUAGACGGAGUUGCUUCUGUGAGAUUAGCCCUGGCACCCCUGCGUACCUUCUCACGCAUCCAGAAGCGUCUCCUUCAGCGUUAGGUCUGACUUGCUCUCAGUGCUGCUUCCGGUGCUAAAACGAACAAAUGAACUUGUACUUCCCGGCAUGGGCUCCGAAGACUCUGUGGGAAACCACCUUCCUACCUUCAUAUCUCCCCGAAAUGUAUAGUGCCUUGUUUUUAUGUACAGUUUAUAUACAGAAGAGUUUGCUCUGCAUUUUUUGAUGAUGGUUUGGAACAUUAUCUCCAAUUUUACUCAAAAAUAGAAAUUUAAAAAAAAGAAAACAUCUCAAAUUUCUAAUACCUGUUGUAAACGUGAAACGUGUCAUUUUGCGAUACAGGGCUCCAAAAUAAAAGCUUCAAGAAUAAACACAAUAAUUGGUUGAUUCACACUGGA